UUUCAGCCCAGCAGCACCAGCAGCACCCGUAUCUGUCGAAAUGACAGCAGCAGCCUUAGGACCACGAAUCCAGUCCCUAGUAAGCUUACUCCCACAGCUAGCGACCAAGCUUCAGUAACGAAGUACAACAGUUAGUGAAUAGAUCCGUCUUGGGCAGUCCUCAAGGUCGUGCCUUUAGACGCUCCCAUGAUUUGACCACUUUUUUUUUAGCCCAAGGCCAUCUUAGCUCUUGCGAUCCUCAUACCUCCGUCGCAUGCCUCCGCCACUUGCUCGUUACCGUCGAUCUCGUUGAGCCCUCGAAUCCAUUUCCAAAUUCAAUUCACCCACCUUCCCGCUUGUCCCGCGUUCCCACAAUUCACACCGCUUCCGCUUCCGCAUCCGCACCCGCACCCACCAGCCACCAGCCACCAGCCGCGUUCAUGAGGGCUCUCAAUUCAUGAGUCAACGCUAAAACGAGUCGGCUCAAAGCCGCCAAUUAGUCCGCAACCUACGGAGGGCCGUCGGCGUCUCUUCAAUUGCGAAAAGGCGGGACUGCGCCGCCCAGCUCAGCGAAUAACUCAGCUUUAGCCGCGCAACCUUGUCGAUAGCGCAGCUUUUGCCCCCAAAUCGCCCGGUGAAUAUUAAUUCGCUCCACCGGGCUUCCAUAAACUAGUCGGCAGCGCUUCGUCUCUGUCAGAUUCCGCUUUCGCCCUCCCCUUCCCCUUUCCGCCGUAUCACCGCUCGCUGCGGCUCGACGAACGCACCACCAUCCGCAGCAGUGGCGGCGUCGGCGAAACGUCCGUUGGCGGUGCCAGCGGCAGCGGGAAGUGCGCCGGCGGUGUUUGCGUCGGCGGCGGCGGCGGUAGCGGUACUAUGAGCCGCAAGGUGACGCAGGUGUCGGGGAUUCUGGACGUGCAUGUGAUGCAAGCGGAGGGACUCAAGAACGUGUGCUUAUACGGACCGCAGGACGUGUACGCUAAGAUCCUCUGCGGCACGCACGGCGACUCGCAGGGCCGCGUCGCGCUACACACCAAGACCGUGAAAGCCGGCGGCUCGAACCCCAUCUUCAACCAGCGACUGCAGGUAGGCGUGCAGGAGCGGCACGUGGAGGUGAAGUGCGAGAUCUGGGCGGCGAGCCACAACCGCGGCACGGCGGACGACCAGCUCAUCGGCUUCGUGCACGUCCCCAUCUGCAAAGAGCCGACAGACAAGGCCAAGGGUUCAACAAUCCGCGAAUUUCUCUUACAGCCAGUGGAGGGCGAUACCGGGGCCAUCUGCGGAACAGCAUCCGCGGCAUCCGCGGGCGUGAUCCGCCUUGCGCUCUCCUACCAUCCGCGCCCCUCCUCUUCCGCCGCCGCGUCCUCCGCCCUCCCCAUCCGCGGACCGCCUGGCGGGGGCAUCUUGGGCCGCGCGCUCUCCGCAGCUUUCUGCCGGAUCGCGAGCGAUAAAGCGGGCGCGGGGAGCAGCAAAGCGGGCGGAGCGGCGGGAUCGACAGUCUCCGCAGGGCCGGCGGCGGGCGCGGGAGUAGCGGGGGCGCGCGGGGUGGUUGCGCCAGUGGGCGGAAGCAUUAGCGGUUGGGGGGAGGCUAGUGCAGCAGGGGGCGGGUUGGGGGGAAUCGGGGGAGGCGCAAGCGUAUCAAGCGCAGGGCCAGGGGCAGGGGCGCAAGCGUUGGCGCAAGGGCAUCUUCAGGCGCAGGGCCAGGGGCAGGCGGCGGCGCUAGAGGCGCAGAGCGCACCUCGCGGGAGGCAGGCGCAAGGGGGCCCGCGGUUUCUGCGGCAUGUGCAGGAGGAAUCGGCGGACUUGCAACAGCUUCCGCUUCCGCAUCUCCUGCAGUCGCACCACUUCCAGCAGUCGCAGCAGUCGCAACUGUCGCAACAGUCGCACCAAUCGCAGCAGUCGUUGUCGCAGCAGCAGCAGCAGCAGCAGCAGCAGCAGCAGCAGCAGCAGCAGCAGCAGCAAGGAGGCCUAGGAGGCGCGCUAGGAGGCUCAGGAUCGUCCGGUCUAGACCUGGUUCAGGCUUUAAGAGCCGUUGCGGAGGUAGAUAGGGCGGGACUAGCAGGCGUCGGCGGAAAGAAGAAAUCUAAGUCAGGCCCCAUUAUUUCCGGCGCAACCGGCGGAAUGGAGGUAUACGGCGGAGGCGCAAGCGCGGGGAUCGGCGGUACUAUGACAGCCUCCGCGGGGCUCGGCGGAGCGUUCAGCCCCGGAUUGGGGGGAAUUGGCGGAGUGGGGGGAGUGGGGGCAAACGGUGGCGCUGGCGCAGGGGGAAUGUUUGGCGGAGGCAUUGGGAAAGGCAUCGGGGGAGGGCUUGGCGGGGGGAGCGCCCAUGCGCACGCGAUGGCCCAACAGCUCCCCCACGGGAAGCCCAAGGCGCGAUCAGGGCCGCUGCAGCACGUGGCGGAAGGCGGGGGCGCGUUAGGCGGAAACUUUGGCGCGGGGGGCGGAGCAGGCCUGGGGAGAAGCGGCCCCGCAACGAGCUGGAUAGGGCCUGGGGGAAGCAGUCCAGGCGCUGGCGCAGGCGCGGGGCCGGGGCCGGGGGCGGGGGGGCUGUUGGCGGGCGCGUUCGGCGGAGGGGGGAUCUUUGAGGGGGUGGCGGAGGGCGCGUGGGGGUCGGACGCGUCUGUGCUCUCCGCCAUCCUGCUGCGCGACGGGCUGCUUGCGCCUGCAGCGGCGGCGCUGGCGCAACAGCAGCAGCAGCCCGGGGGAGGGGGGCGCGCCGGGAGCGGGGAAGGCGGGGGGGCGGCAGGGGCGGCAGUGAGGGGAGGCGGGAGGGAAGGGUUGAUGGGGGCGCAUCCGCUGCCUGCCCGCUUCUCAGGUCUGAGCAGUGUGGGGGAAGGGGAAGGGGGAGGCGGAGGCGGAGGCGGAGGCGGAGGCGGAGGGGCAGGGGGAGGCGGGGAUGGUGGAGCAGUAGCGGGUAGUGUAAGGGGUGGGUUAGGAGUGGCAGGUAAUCGCUUUAAUGCGUCAGGAGGAGGAGUAGCAGGAGCAGGAGCGCACGGCGCAGCUGGCGCUGCUGCUGCUCCGCCGCGUGUCCCUCCCCUGUCGGCUGUCGCUGCUGCAUCGGCUGCUGCUGGUUCUCGCAGCACGCACCACCACCAGCACCACCAUCAUGGCAAUCACCACAAACAACAGCAGCAGCAGCAGCAGCAGCAUCAGCAGCAACAGCAGCAGCACCAGCAGCAGCAGCUGGCACCUGGCGCGGCACCUGGGUUUCCACCUGGCAUGGGCCACAGCCAGCUGUCCCCCGAGUUGCUGACUCUGUGGGAAACACCUGACGCAGUCGCCAUGGAAGCCGCCUGGUCGCCGCCCCACGGCCCCUGGCAGGGCGUCUACCACCACACUUCCUCCCUCGCCGCGCUCUCCCCCACUGGGAGCGCGGGGGGCGGCGGGGGCAUGGAGGGCGGGGGGAGGGGGAGGGGGGAGGAUGGGGAGGGUAGCGAGCAGAGCGCGGAGGAGGUGUCGUCCACUCAGAAGCGGACAGGUGGCGGGGAGGGGGGCGUGGGUGAGGACGGGAGAGGGGCGAUGGGGGAAGAGUGCAGCAUGCACCAGACAUCUGGAGGGGCAGGGGGGGGCGGUGGGGGAGGGGGAGGAGGCGGAGGAGGCGGAGUUGGAGGAGGGAGAGGGAUGGGCGGCAGCGGAGUGGUGGUGGAGGGAUCGUUCUUUGAGACGUGCUCCCCGGACCGCUUCCUGCAGUCGCCCCCGCGAAGAGCGGGCAUGGAGGACGGCCACGGGGGGGGAGACUGCCUCAUGGCCGCUGGGGGCGCUGGCGGCUUGGGCGGAGGGGGGGGGGGUGGGCGCGAGGGGAGUGCGAAACUGGGAGGGGGAGGUAGGCGCGGGAAGGGCGGAGGCGGAGGCGGGGGGGUGGUGGAGAGCCGAGGCGAGGGGGGGAGGCUGUUCCGCAUGGCGAUGCCGGAUGGGUUUGACACGGAAGGAUGGGGGUCUGUGGAUGACAUGGAUGUGUCGGGGACUGAUGGGGAGGGGGAAGGGGAGGGCGGCGAGGGCGGGGAGGGAGAGGGGGAGGGGGAAGGGAUUGAGGUGGAGGGGCAGGAGAGGGGGGAGGUGUAUGGGGAGGGGGGCCAGGUGCUUAUGUAUGUAAGCUCGGAUGCCAGUGCUGAUGGCGGCGUGUACCAGAGACAGACGCCGCUGCCGCCGCAGCAGCAGGGCCAGGGGCAGGGGCAGGGGCAUGUAGGAGCCGCGGGUGGGUUCAGCUCACCAGCGCUACCGCCAGCACCUGCGCCAACACCCGUGCCGUCCCCCGCACUCACGCCUGCCACACCUCUGCCGUCCCCCGCGCUUGCUCCAUCUCCCGCCCCCCGCCUGCUCCGCAUGCCGUUCCAGAAGCUGCUUGAGGACGAGCAGCAGCAGCAGCAGCAGCAGCAGCACAUGCAACACCAACAGCAGCAGCAGCAGCAACAACAGCUACAGCUACAGUUACAGUUACAGCUGCAGCAGGAGUUAGAGCAGUGUGAGCAUGGUUAUGGUGGUGGCAGUGGUGGUGGCGGCGCCCCUAGCUGGAGAGGGCGAGUGCAGCUGCUGCAGCUGCCGUCUGGAAUCAUGGGGAACGCCUGCCUUCCUGCCUCUGCUUCUCCGGCUGCUGGUAGUGGCGCGAUGCAGGGUAUGCAGGGAAUGCAAGAAAUGCGUGAGCAGCAGCAGCAGCAGCAGCAGUUCUCGGGGCCUCUAGACCCGCAAAUGUCACAUGCUCUCACCAGCAGCAUGGGCAACGGAUUCGGAGGCGACGUGGGACGGCUACAUGGAGGGCAUGGCAGCAGCACCAGUGGCAGCAGUGCCAGCAGCAGCAUCCGCCACUGCACACACACCCACAGGGUGCUCUCAUCAUCCCAACCUCUCCCCCCUCCUCCUCACACCCUCUCUCUCACGUCUGCCUCUGCCCACCCCACCCCUCUCUCCUUCUCUGCUCCUUUGGCUGCUGCUGCUGGAUCCGGUGCUGGUGCUGCUGGUGGCGGUGCAUACACCACCCACGGCUCAGUGCAAGGUGCUGCGGCACAUGCUCUUGCCGCCAAUGCUGCCGCAACUGCGGCUGCAGCUGCUGCCCGCGGUGGCGGUGCUCCAAUGAGCCAUGGCUCUGGUCUCCCCGCCCCACCGCAGUCCUCCCGCUUCGCGUCAGUGCUUGAGCCCAUGUGGACUGAUGAUGAUGGCUUCGAUGGGGAUGUCCUUUGCGGGGGAGGUGGGGUAGGUGGGGGGGGGAGGGGAGGAGGGAGGUUGGACAGUGGGCGAGGUGGGGGGUUGGUGAUGCCCCAUGCUCCGCAGUUCUCCCAGCUGUUAUCGUCUGGAGGCUUUCCAAGCCAGCACCAGCAGCAGCAGUAUGGUCAGCAGCAGCAGCAAAUGCAUAACCACCAGCAGCAGCAGGCUCAUCAGCAGCUGCUGCACCAGCAUAGCCAUCACCAACAACACCACCAACACCAGUACCAGCAGCAGCAGCAACAACCGCUCCAGCAGCAGCAUCAGCCAGGCCUGUUGCAGCAGCGCCACGCUUCGCACCGUCCAGUCACCCCUAAUGCCGGCACGGCUGCUAUGGAGGCCGUGUGAACAGGGAGCAUUGCUUUGCAGCCCGUGUGAGCAGCAGCGUUCAAGCAAGCCAUGUCCUCUCUUCCACCCCUCCUCGAUCUCCUCUCUUUUCCAUCUCCCUGCCCCUCCCUCUUCUUCCCCACUUGCUCCUCCCAUUCCACCCUUCUCUUCCCCCCCCUUUUCCCUUCCUCUCUCCAGGCCUCUCUUUGUCUUUCCUCGCUUCCUUCGUCUCCCCCCUCUCUAGCACGCACCCCCAUGUGCACAUGAACACGCAGUCAUGCUUUCAUAUGGGAGCAGCGCCACCACCUCUCUGUUUGAAUGUAGUACGCUGGAUCUGUCCUCUGCCUGUCGAAUGUCCAAUAGUGUUUCUCUGGCCUAGGGUGCCUGCUGGUCUCGUUGCCUCGUAGCGCACCUGGUCCUCCCUUGCCGUGGAUCUGUGGCAUUGUUGGGGUUCUUUUUUGUUAUAUGUAUUUAGGGCCUAGUAUUGGCCCUUCAUGUGGGGAUUUUUGGAAUUUUGUGCUCUGCUUUCCCUUGGUAAUUAUAUCCUCAUUGAUGUUUUAGCUAGGAUACUACG